AUGAUCAUAUCAAUGUGGUCCCCUGAAGCGGAAAUUUGGCAUGAUCGUCUUCCAGGCACCCACCUCGGAAACCUAUCAGCCAAAGUCAUUCACUCUCCCGGCCUCUCCAUGUCAUUCCCCUGUGUCACUUGCACAGACAAUGGCGACAUCUGCCAUCUCACCGUUGGCGAAGGGGAAGUCAACUCAGCCGCCUCACUCAUGGCUCUCGUCCUAUCUCCUAAAUUUGACCUGAGCAGCACAUACUUCCUCAUCGCUGGUAUAGCCGGUGUCAACCCCAAGUACGGCACACUCGGUACUGUAGCCAUUGCUCGCUACGCAGUUCAGGUUGCUCUCCAAUAUGAGAUUGAUCCAAGAUCUCUCCCUCCCAACUUCCCCACAGGGUAUAUCUCAUACGGUCGUGACCAACCUCACGAGUACCCAUUUAUCACGUACGGCACCGAAGUGUUCGAACUCAAUGCUAAGCUUCAAGAGACUGCUCACAAGCUAGCUUCCAAAGUCGAGCUGGAAGAUGCCACUGGACCAAAGGAAUACCGCGCGCUAUACGGCCGGAUGGGCGAGUCGUAUAGAAGUGCGUCCCAACCUCCUUCUGUUGUCAAAUGUGACACUGCCACGAGCGAUGUGUAUUAUUCGGGCAGCCGACUCUCCGAGUCUUUUGAGAAUACCACCCGGGUAUGGACAAAUGGUACAGGAGUGUACUGCAUGACUGCGCAGGAGGAUAAUGCGGUAUUAGAAGUCCUGGUCAGGGCGGCAAUCGAGAAGAUCGUUGACUUUUCCAGAGUCAUGGUUAUAAGAACCGGCUCCAACUUUGAUCGUCCUCCUCUCGGCCAUUCAGACUUAAACCAUCUCACAGCUCAACAAAAUGGCUUCGGUAUCGCAAUAGCCAACAUUUUCAAUGCCGGUAUCGAAAUCGUCAAAGGCAUCGUUCAUGAUUGGGACGAAACAUUCAAGGACGGCAUCACUGCGGAGAACUACGUGGGAGAUAUCUUUGGCAGUCUAGGUGGCGAGCCGGACUUUGGUUUCGGUAGUUUGACUCUCGGGAAGCGCAUAGCAAAGGGUUGCAGGACGAAUGAUCUAGCCGUAAGGGAGAUGGAUAGACGGAGGAUCUUGACACAAAAGUCACUGAGAAAGGUUUAG